AUGGGCGUCCCCGAGGCGGCGGUCGAUGAGGUGCCUAUGCCCAUGGACCAGCUCGUGGCUCAGGGCAAGGUGCAGCACAACAUCUUUGCCUUCUACCUAUCUUCUGAUGGCAUGUCCGGUUCCACCCUCAGCCUGGGCGGCACGGACCCCGCAUUCUACACUGGCGACUUCACCUACGUGCCGGUUGCCCGGGGGGCGAAUUUGCCGUACUGGCUGGUCUCCGCCUCCGACCUCAAGGUGGCGGGCCAGAGCACGGGCUCUUGCAGCGGCUGGACCGGCUGCUACAUGGUGGUCGACACUGGCACCAGCGUUAUCGCUGGGCCGCCAAGCGCAGUUGAUUCGCUCACGUCCGAGAUUGGCACCGUCUCCCAGGACUGCUCCAACGUGGACGCGCUCCCAACGGUCGCCAUCACCAUGGCCGGGAAUGACUUCGAGAUCGGGCCGGACUUCUACGUGAUCCGGGCGGCGGACGAGAGCGGCGAAGCGCAGUGCAUGCUGGGCAUCCAAGUCAUCAACGCCGGCGUCCCCAUCUGGAUCCUGGGGGACCCCUUCCUGCGCAAGUACUACACCGUCUGGGACGCUGAGCAGAAGCGCGUUGGGUUCGCGCUGGCCAAGAGCCCGUCCACGCCCACGCUGGUGGUUUGA